AUGGGAUCAAAUUUCCAACGCCUGCUCUGUUUCACAAAGCAAUUGACUUCCCACGUCAACCAAGGCCAUCAUGACAAAGCCCUCACUCUCUUCCACCACAUGCAAGCCUCACUCGCUCUCCCUCUCGACGCCCACGUCUUCUCCCUCAUCCUCAAGUCCUGCUCCGCCCUCCGCUGCCCCCACCUUGGCGCCGCCGUCCACGCCCACGUCAUCAAAUCGUCAUACCUGUCAAACCCUUUCGUGGCCUGCGCCCUAGUCGGCGUCUACGGCAAAUGCGUGUCGGUUUGGGCUGCGCGCCAAAUGUUCGACGAAAUUCCUGAAAGAACUGUUGUGGUCUGGAACGCCAUGAUUUCGGUUUAUACUCGCAAUGCCGAUGUUGCUGAAGCUUUGAGGCUGUUUGAGGCUAUGGAUGUUGAGCCUGAUGUUGGGACUUAUAAUACCAUUAUGGCCGGAGCGUCGGCGAUGGAUGGUGGGCUGUUGAGGGCUGUGGAGGUGUAUAGGAAGAUGUGCGAAAGAGGGUGGAAGCCGGAUAGGAUGACAUUGCUUGCUCUGUUACGUGCUUGUGUUGGUGCAGCAGCUUUUAGGUUUAUUAAGGAAAUCCAUGGCUAUGAUGUGAGGAAUGAGAUUGACUCGAGUUCGCAGUUGAGUAGCGGUUUAGCAGAGGCCUACGGGCGGUGUGGUUGUCUUGAAUAUGCGCAUAGUAUGUUUAAGGGUUUGAAGGAGAAGGACGUGGUUGCGUGGAGCAGUUUGAUAUCGGUGUAUGCGGUUCAUGGGGAGGCAAGAGCUGCAUUUGAUGUUUUUAGAGAAAUGGAAUCGGCGAAUGUGGCGCCUGAUGAGAUUACUUUUCUAGCAGUUUUAAAAGCGUGUAGCCAUGCCGAAGGUUUAGCUGAUGAAGCACUGAGUUGUUUUGAUUGUAUGCGAAAAUAUGGCGUGAGAGCAAACAGUGAUCACUAUUCUUGUUUAGUAGAUGUGUUGAGCAGGGCAGGGAGGUUACGCGAGGCGUAUGAGGUCAUAAGGAAAAUGCCGGUGAAGGUUACUGCUCGAGCUUGGGGUGCCCUUCUUUCCGGGUGUAGAACUUAUGGGAAUCUGGAGCUUGCGGAGAUAGCAGGGCAAGCUCUGUCUGAACUUGAGCCUGAUAAUCCUUCUCAUCAUUUAUUGUUGUCAACUUUGUAUGUUAGCUUAGGAAGGUAUGAUGAAGCUCAGAGAAUGAGAAGGGAAAUGAGGCAGAAAGGUGUGAAGGCAACAGUUGGAAGUAGCUGGAUGGUUCAGGAGUGAAACUGCGGAUUAUUAGAUGUGCCGUGUG